AGCCUCUGUCUGCCGCUGAGCGCCGCACACUGGAGCCGGCUCAGCCGGACACUGGUCCUUUUAGUCCGCAUUUUACCAAAGAGAACCAUGUUUUUAUGAAACCGAGCGGAACCUGGAGCUGAAGAUGCUGUCGGACAUGAUCGUUGAGGAGGAAUUUGAGAUCAAGGAGGAGGAACCGUGGUACGACAAGCAGGACCUUGAACAUGACCUGCAGCUGGCUGCAGAGCUGGGGAAGUCUCUGCUGGAGAGGAACCGGGAGCUGGAGCAGGGCCUGCAGCAGAUGUGCACCACCAGCCAGGAGCAGCUGCAGGAGAUCGAGCUCUAACUGUGACCCCGACGAGCGCGCCGACGACCUGGAGCUCUCCGCUGCGCCAUGGCACAAGGAGGAGCUGGCGUCGCUGCAGCAGUCGCUCCGCGCCCUGCAGAAUCWGUUCGCCGCUGAGCGCGCUCGCCGCGAGGAGGCCGAGCGGGAAGCAGAGCUGCUGGCGACAGAAAACACGGCGCUGGAGCAACAACUGGCCGCGAUGGAGGGGUGUCAGGCUCGAGUGUCUGAGCUGGAGCACGAAGCCGAGGAGCUCCGUCAGCUCUGGAAAUCCAAGUCCUCCUCCAGGUCGACCUGCUCAGACUUCCUCCACGGCCUGCUGCCGCACUCGCUGCUCCUCAACCCCGAGGAGGAGGGCGCUGGGGAACCCGCUGCUGCCAGGAGCCCGGCUGUCCUGAAGCGCUGGGCCAGCGAGCGGCUGAUGAAGGCCACACAGGCGCCCGACUCCCCCGGCGGGAUCUACGACCACGAGUGCUCCUGCGUGCGCCGCGCCGAGGUGGUGAAGUACCGCGGGAUCUCGCUGCUCAAUGAGGUCGACGCUCAGUACAGCGCCUUGCAGGUGAAGUACGAAGAGCUGCUGCGGCGCUGCCAGCUAGAGGAGGAGGAGGAACCGGGCUGUAAGUCUCUGACCUCAGGGGUCACCGCAGGUCGUCUCAGUCCAGCAGACAUGGAGGACUUCCAGGACGACCGUCGCCAACCCGAGUAUAAAGAACUUUUCAGGAAAAUCUUCUCCCGCAUUCAGAAAACCAAAGAUGACCUGAAUAAAAACAGAGGAAGACCCUCGGCUGCUGAAGCUACUUCACAGUAGCUGCUUUUAAAAUAAYGCCAGUAAUUAUUAUCUUCCAAUCACAGGUUUCAUUCUUUUUUUUAAGAAUCAAAAGGGCUAAAGGAAACCAGCUCAUGUUGCAGAUGUUUGCACAGAUACACCAGUGCCUCUGCGGUGAAAUCACUCUACCUCACAACUCAGAAAACCUGCAAAACGAUCCGUCUUCCUCUCAGAGGCUGGAGGACAGAGUGUGUGAUGCUGAUGACUCUCAGCUACUACCGCACCGAAUUUUAGCUCAAGAUCUGCAAAAUUCCCUGAGCUUGAGCCRUUUUGUGUCAUCAGCUGUGGCGGCCAUCUUGAAUUGUAAAUGUUUGGUCUUUUAUUUUAUUUAUUUUUUGCAACAAUUAAAAAAAAGCUUAUUUCUAGGCUGUGAGAGUUGAACAUUAUGUUUGUGAAUGAAAGAUUUGGAACAUCUUUCUCAGAAAUAUACUUGAUUAUUGUAGAGUAGUUCAUCUCUGUGACUGAAUGUAGUUAAAUAAACUUAAAUGACUUGAUGAUGUAACCUGUUAAAGCUUGAUGAAAGAUUGUGCUAGAGGAAUCGCUCGUGUUGCAUUCGCUGCCUGCUGGAAAUGUCCACGUUUGUUUGUGGACACUGUUUGGUAGAAAUCAACUUGACUCUGAGCCAUAAAAUAUAAAACAAGUUGAAUCUGAA